CGAGGCGCAGGAUGUCCCGUUAAGGAGGAAAAAAAAAAAAAAAAAAAAAAAAACUCCAGAGGAGCUGAGGCAACACAGACUGACGGGGCUUAGAGGACUGCUGCUCAGAGCGAACGGCAUUCACCACACCUAAAGUACUGUUAAGCGGAGGAAAAAUGGGGUCUCCGACGAUAUUUAGUUGUCGUCGGGUUGUUCUUAAAGUGUUUUUGCUGCAGUUCAUCGCCUUUCAAGUAGCAAAUGCGCGUCCUUCUCCUAUUAUCAGGUUUCCCGGAGACGACACUACACCAAAAACAGACAAAGAAGUUGCUCUGCACUAUCUGAAUAAGUUUUAUGGAUGCCCACAAGACAGAUGUAACCUUAUGGUACUCAAAGACACCCUGAAGAAAAUGCAAAAGUUCUUCGCUCUGCAAGAAACGGGAGAGAUCGAUGCCAAAACUGUGGAGAUCAUGAAAAAGCCCCGCUGUGGCGUCCCAGAUGUGGCCAAUUACAACUUCUUCCACAGGAAACCCAUGUGGCAGAAGAACGACAUCACAUACAGAAUCCUGGGUCACACUCCUGACCUGGACGAGGAAGUCAUCAACGACGCUUUCUUCAGGGCCUUCAAAGUUUGGAGUGAUGUCACGCCGCUCACUUUCACCCGCAUCAUGGAUGGCGAGGCGGACAUCAUGAUCAACUUUGGUCGAAAUGAGCACGGAGACGGCUACCCCUUUGAUGGUAAGGAUGGCCUCUUGGCUCACGCCUUUGCCCCUGGGCCAGGAAUUGGGGGCGACUCCCACUUUGAUGAUGACGAGCAGUGGACACUGGGAGACGGCCAAGUGGUGAAGGUGAAGUUUGGCAAUGCCGACGGAGAGUUCUGUAAAUUCCCCUUCCUGUUCAUGGGCACCGAGUACAACAGCUGUACGUCUCAGGGCCGUGACGACGGCUUCCUGUGGUGCUCCACCACUUACAACUUUGAUGAGGACGGCAAAUACGGCUUCUGCCCUCACGAAUUGCUCUUCACCCUGGGUGGAAAUGCAGAGGGUGCUCCAUGCAAAUUCCCUUUCACCUUCCAGGGGGAGAAGUACGACAGCUGCACCACUCAAGGCAGGGAUGAUGGUUACCGCUGGUGCGCCACUACUGAGGACUACGACAGCGACAAAACCUACGGCUUCUGCCCCGAAACUGCGAUGUCAACAGUGGGAGGAAAUGCUGAAGGGAGCCCUUGUGUCUUCCCUUUCACUUUUCUGGGAGACAGCUAUGAUUCCUGCACCUCCUCUGGACGCAGCGACGGCAAGAUGUGGUGCGCUUCCACCAAGAGUUACGAUGAUGACCGCAAAUGGGGUUUCUGUCCCGACCAAGGCUACAGUUUGUUCCUGGUGGCCGCCCAUGAGUUUGGCCAUGCCCUUGGUUUGGAGCACUCUCAGGACCCCGGAGCAUUGAUGGCCCCGGUUUACACUUUCACGAAAGAUUUCAGACUGUCCAACGAUGACAUCAAAGGCAUCCAGGAGCUCUAUGGUCCGGCAACAGGCAAGCCCUUGCCUCCAACCCAGGGUCCUGUCACUCCAAUGGACAUCUGCAGGGAGCCAGUCAUCUUUGAUGCUGUAGCACAAAUCAGAGGAGAGACAUUCUUCUUCAAAGACAGGUUCCUGUUCAGGUCAGUCAACUUCAGAAGCAAACCCAACGGCCCUAUGCUCGUGGCCACCUACUGGCCUGACCUGCCUGGCAAGAUAGAUGCAGCUUACGAAAACCCACUGGAGGAAAAAACGGUCUUCUUCUCAGGCAACGAGAUGUGGGUCUACAAAGCUGAUCAGCUGGAGAGAGGCUACCCCAAGAGACUCUCCAGCCUCGAGCUCCCCACGGACGUGCAGCAAAUCGACGCCGCCUUCAACUUUAGGAAGAACCAGAAGACUUAUCUGUUUGCUGGGGACAAAUUCUGGCGAUAUGACGAAGAUAGGAAGAGAAUGGACGCUGGCUUCCCAAAACUUAUCGCUGAGUCCUGGAAUGGUAUCCCAGAUGGCAUCGACGCUGCCUUCAGUCUUAAUGGCAUUGAUUACAGCUACUUCUUCAAAGGCAGCCACUAUUUCAAACUAGAAGACAGCAGCUUGAAGAUUGUCAAGCUGGGAGAAAUCACAAAGGACUGGCUGGGUUGCUGAGCACUCCCAAAACGCCUCGCAAAUGACCAAUGCCCUCGAUGACGGCCUCGGCUCACGGGGGCGUUGUCGUAGUAUCGCACACAACUUAAGGUCGCCGCAGUGCACACUGUUGUAAGUUUUUUAUCCUGGCAACUCUGCACGCUUCCGUGGGGCACAUGUCCCUCCAGCCUGUAUAACCAGUCUCCAGCUUUUGACCCUCUAGACAGGCUGAACAUACACAACUGGAUGUUUGCUAUAUUUCUGUGUGAUUUUGACAUUUGUUAUGCUGAUGCAGAUUUGUCACAACAUGUACCCCCUGUUAUGUUGUUCUUAUGUAUUUUUUUCUGUUCAUUUGUUUUAAAAGUCAGACAUCAGGUAUGUCCACACUGCAUUGAACGCAGUGCGAUGCUGUGCUGUGAGAUAUUGCCGUUUUAUACAAAAUUGAUUCUGAAAGGCUGUCAAUGAAUUCAUGUUGGCUUGGAAGUACGUCUAUGUCCAGUAUACUAAAUGCAAUUUUAUAAAUGUAUCCGUUUUAAUUUGUUUUCUGAUUGUUGUGCAAUACAUUUGAAAAAAAUGAAUUUGCACGAUGUGACCGAAAAUGGUGCUUUUAGAGACUGCUUUUUGCAUAUAGUCCUAUAUACAUAUAUUUUAUACUCUGUGUAACUGUCUGGUGGGGCGACUUGGUAUCCACUGGAUGUCAGAAAGUAGUAUCCGCAGGCACACAUUAUUCUUCAUUUGGUUAGCACUUUGUAUAGGACUGUACAAGGGAACUGCACAGUAUGGAGACCAAAUUAUUGCCAUGGCAACUCCACGCUGCAUUUCCCUUCACUUAUGGUACAGAAGGAUUAAUGGCACAGGUUGCCUCUAGAGGCUGUAUAGGUUUGCUGCAUGAUGGAAUCAUGACAAGAGUACCGCAGUAGUAUUGUUUGAUUAUCUUUUUUUUUUUUUAAUAAAAAUAUAUUAUUUUUUUCUUUCCUGGGUUUUAACAGUAUAGUCAUUGUGUGGUUUUUAAUGCUUGUGCACUUUGUUACUGUCGUUAAUAAAGAUGGUCAAUAUAAUAAACUA